CUGAGAAAAUCUGUCAAUUCAUCCGAGCUCAAACCCCGGCUGUGGAGUCUUUUGACUCAUCGUUAUUCAUUGAUAUUCAUUUUUCAUGAGCCACAAUAAAAAAAAUGAACAAUGGCUCCCAAACCAGUGAAAAAGGCCAAGAAGGUGACAACCGGGAGAAAGAAGCGGAAUGAAGAUGGCUCAUCCUCGAGCCAACCACCCCGCUUGACGUCCCGAGACAAUGAAACUUGGUGGGAAGAGAGAAAGGAGACCUCUUUCAUCAUUGAAAAGACCAUCGACCCAACCAUUGACAAUUACUUCAAGCUCUCCAAUGCCUUUGCCACGCUUGGAUGGGAAAAUAUGCUUACCCUUACCGGCACCUACUUUCCGGAACUUGUACGUGAGUUUUAUGCAAACAUCACCGAAAAGUCAAAGAAAAGGUUCUUAGUGAGAAGCUACGUUCGAGGCACGGAGGUGGAGAUCGAUCUCACCUACCUCCGCGAGUUCCUUGACCUCCGAGACCCAUCACAUCCCAUUCAUUACAUGAUCAACCGCAAGGGUGUGGUUGUCGACGACCGGGGUUACAAUAUUGAGGAGACAAAGGGGAAAUUUGGGGUUCGAGAUAUGCUCACCCGCUCAUUUGGUUUGCGGUGGAUUCGGGCGAGGCUCCUCAUCUACCUUAUCGGCUUCAACAUUGUUCCUAGGGCAAGUGGACUAAAUGAAAUCCGAAACAGCGACUUGUACCUAGUGGACAGGCUGAUUUUUGGUUUGCCGCGCAUUCAAAAGAUCGCCCUUGCACCCAUCAUCAUCAAAUGCAUACGGGAAGUCGUUGCCUCUUCACGUCGAGACAAGAACUUUGUCUUCCCCGUGCUUUUGUCUCGGAUCUUUAUAGCACAAGGAGUGAAUACGGAGGGAGCCGAACAGAGGUCGACAACACAAAGUGACGUCUUCGACCAUAACAAGAUGUCUACCCUGCGGUAUCAGUUCAUUGAUGGGGCUUGAAGGGUGAACCCGGAUUAUCACCGUAUGCCCACACCAGACGAGGAGACUAUCAUAUUUCCUGCGGGUUCAAACGGUCGGAGGAAAAAUACGUUCCCUUUGCGGGACAAUGACGACCCCAUGGCGGACCUCGAAACCGGGAGCGAGGAAGACAAUGAAGAAGAGGAGGAAGGGAGAGUGGCUCGGCGGCGCCCCAGGCCCAGGCAAAGCUUGAGGACGAUGGUGGAUGGGCUCGACCAACGCGUCCAUACUUUGGAAGAAGGCAUGCAUGAAGUAUUGCACUAUAUGCGUCGUUGGGCGGCAAACAACAAUAUCAGCCCACCUCGAAGAGAGAAUGACGAAAAUCUAGCCUAAUCGACACCCAUCUUCCUUUAAUUGCGUACUAGGCAUUAUUAUGACCUCAUUGCAUGCAGAGAACAUGGAACAACAAUACAACAUUGCUUUGAUUCAACAACAUUUGGUUUUCAAAAAAGAAAAGAACUACGCCAUU